AUGGACACUGAAUCAGUUGUGGAGUUCCUUGUGAAUGUGCCCUUGUUGCAGCGGUUACCAACCUCUUCUCUGAAGAGAAUCGCACAAGUCCUUGUGUUGAAGCGUUAUGACAGAGGGGAUUAUGUGGUUCGUGAAGAUGAGAAUGUAGAGGGACUUUAUUUUCUCUUGCAAGGACAGGCUCAGGUUCUGGGACCUGUCGGAGAGGAAGACCGUUCAGAGUUCCUCUUGCAACGAUUCGAUUUCUUCGGUCGUGGAAUCUUUGGGGAUGUGUACUCUGCAGAUGUUGUUGCUGUGUCAGAGCUUACCUGCUUUCUGUUGAUGUCUGAUCAUUGUGCUUUGCUCGAGACCAAGUCAAUCUCGGAUUCAGAUAAAGAACUUGACACACCAUGUCUUGUGGAACGCAUACUGGAUCUGGAAUCAUUAGAUUUGAACGUAUUCCGAGUGUUGACUCUAUCCGAUGCUCCAACGUUUGGAAAGGUUUAUGGAGGGCAGUUCGUUGGACAGGCACUUGCCGCAGCAUCAAAAACUGUUGAGUUUAUGAAGAUUGUCCAUAAUUUACACUCCUACUUCCUUCUUGUUGGAGAUUUAAAUAUUCCCAUCAUAUAUGAAGUUGAGCGUUUACGUGAUGGCAACAACUUUGCCACGCGAAGAGUAGAUGCAAGACAGAAAGGAAAAACCAUAUUCACCUUGUUUGCGUCAUUUCAGAGAGAGCAACAAGGUUUUAUUCACCAGGAGUCGACCAUGCCUCAUGUGCCAGCUCCGGAAACGCUUCUAUCAAGGGAAGAGAUGCUUAGACGGCGUAUAACUGACCCUCUGCUACCUAGGGAUUACCGAAACAAAGUUGCAACUCAUAAGGCUGAUACAUUCCCUGUAGAUAUUCGAUUUUGUGAGCCAAAUUAUCAUACAGAGCAGACAAAGUCUCCUCCAAGGUUAACCUAG